ACAUCAGACUGGAUAUACCAAACCGAACAUUAAGAAUUGCUCGUUAAUGUGAUAUUCUUAUUUUAAAAAUUUAAACGUUAAGUUUAUAAAUAAAAUAUUACCAGUUGUUGAAAAAAUGGCAAAUUUUAGACCAGCUGGUCUAUCCGAUGAUGAUACCGACAGUGAUGAUGAUUACGGGUACUUUGAAAAAUUCAAUCGAAGCCAAAACUAUGUUAGUCAGAUAGAAAAUGUUAAACAGAAAAUAGAAACGAAGUUACAAGAAGCUAUCAUAAAUGGAAAUGUAGAAAAUGUUGCUGAUAUAAUUCACAUUGAUCUCAAAAACGAUGUCAAUGCAAAGCUUGAGAGUGGGUGGACUCCGUUAUUACAUGCAUGUUUUCACGGACAGGAAGAAAUUGUUCAGUUCCUACUGGAUAAGGGAGCGGAUCCUAAUGUGCACGCUGAUUCUCUAAUGCCUGUGACUAUGGCUUGUGCAAAUAUAUCUGCAAAUGAGACGACAAUAUUCAAUAUAGUGUCAAAUUUGAUUAAACAUGAGUCCUUAUUGAAUAUUGGAGACAAAUAUGGGGUCACACCUCUCAUGAAAGCAACCAUCAGUGGUCGUCCAUCUGUCGUUAAACUUAUAAUUGAUAAUAAAGUUAAUAUUGAGAUGAGGGAUUCUCAAGGCUGGACAGCAGUCUUCUGGGCUAUUCACCACAAUCAACCGGAAUGUCUAGAAAUACUCUUAAGUACAGGAGCAAGAUUGAAAAUAUUUGAUUUGUCAAAUCGUACACCGGAAACAAUUGCUUUUACACAUGACUAUGAUGAAGUUCAAGAAGUAAUAUCAAAGUACACAAAGAAGUCAAAUGAAAAAAAUGAUGAUAUUGUUAAAAAUGAAUUAAAUAAACAAACUAGUGAUAGUUUGAACAGAUGGCAAGAUUAUUAUCCUGGAUUAAGAGAUGAAAAUAGGCCUAAAUAUUCAAAUGAAAUAUUUAAUCUAUUGUAUGGCAUGAAUUGCGAUCGUUUAAAUAGAAUAUUUGAAGAGAAACCAAUGGAUUUGCGAAGCUUCCUACUUCUCGAAGAUGAGGAUCUGUUAAAACUUGGCGUUGACAUGCCAUUCGAAAGGCAACGGCUGAAACAUGGAUUGCGGGAAUUUCAUAAGCGAGGCUGGAAAGUUUGCUCUGUUGCUGGUUUGCAAACAAGAAAAGAUAAUGCAUACAGUAUUCUCAAUUGUGUAAAUGUAUUGGGUAAUCAUUUACAACAGCUGUACAUUUUGGAAACGACACUCGCGUACAUUCUACGCGGUUAUAGCCGAAUUCAGGAUCAAAUUAAAUUCGAACCUCCCGACUCUCCAACCAUACAGAAACUACAAAGCGCAGCGAAGAAAAUGACUGUUAACAUUAACAACAUCAGGCGUGAAAUUAAUAGUAUGAGAAAAAUUCAUGCAAAGUUAAGCAAAGAUAGUUUGAAGCCAGUCGACCUCAUUACAGAAAAAACCACCACUGAAGCAGCGCUAGAAUUAUUCACAGAACUAGUCGUUAUUAGCACUAUAGGUUUCCUUUUGUAUCAAGCCAAAAAUGUUGUGACAAAUAUCUUACAUAAAUAAAUUUUCAUAUAUGUUAAA